AUGGGCGAUCGCUUGUUUCAGCUUCAACUUCAGCCAAAAGAAAGGGUAAGGUAAAGCUUUGCAUUUUGUUGUUACAGUAUCAUUUAUACAAUGUAAAACUACUGUCAUGGUGAAGCAUACUUUGAAAUAUAUAACUAUGACCUUUCAGAUUACAUUCUCUGGUGAUCUGAGUGCCGAGACGACUUCUGUCCUUCGGUUGACCAACAAAAGCGAUUCUCGUCAAGCCUUCAAGGUGAAAUGUUCUCGGAAUGAUCUGUUCAGGAUUAGGCCAGCCAAAGGGAUUCUAGACUUUGGCCAAACGAUAGAUGUUAAGAUAACUUUCAAGUAGGUUUCGUCUCUAAACAUGGCUUUUUUAAAAGAAUCUUGUGGUUAAUAGAUUUAGUAUUCUAUUCGUCUAAGUUGUGGUAGUGUGUUCAUUUACAAAAUUUUAAAUUUUUUAAAUAAACAACAGUAAGCCUGUCGUAUUUUACCAAAAAAUCAUUUUUCAGACCAACACCUGACUACACGCCCCAAUCAAACCGUCACCAUGUUGGCAUCUACCACAUCCCGGCUCCAGAAGGCUCAACUUGUACUGGCGCAUGGGCUGAACACUACGGUCCAGCACAAGGAGAUACUCGGAUAAAGGUCUUUUUCGAAAAGUAA